AUGGCCGGCACUCUGAAGCGCUAUGUGAUUGUGCGUGAGAUCCCCGACAUCCACGACAAGAGCCCGCAGGAGCUGGGCAGCAUCAGCGCCGCCUCGUGUUCGGCCCUGGGCAAGGCCGGCCACGGCCGGGUGCAGUGGCAGCACUCCUACGUUUCUGACGGGCGCACCUUCUGCAUAUACUUGGCCGAGUCUGAGGAGGCAAUCCGGGAGCACGCCAGCCACGGCGGUUUCCCCGUGACCAGCAUCCACCAGGUGACCAGCAUCAUCGACCCCACCACCGCCGCCAGCGCCCCCAACUGA